AUGGGUAAUGAUCAUUCUUCAGAAUUCGAGAAAAAGAUAAGGGAGGCUCAAACUCAAGCUGCCUACGAAAGGGCUUUAGAAAAGCAAAGAAAACUUUAUGAGGAGAGAUUAAGGCAAUAUACGAUGCAAUUACAAUCUGCACAAGAGGGAAGCAAUAUUCCACGGAACACGAGAACAGACAGGGUUGGUGUGGCUUCAACGUCUGCCAAUAUAAAUAAUAAUACUUCACCUGAUGUAGUCGAAAGACCAAGAUAUACACCAAUUGCAUCUACUUCAACUUGUAAUUCAAGUUUUGAAUUUGUUAACAAUCAUACGACGAGUACGAGAACAGACAGGGUUGGUGUGGCUUCAACGUCUGCCCCUAUAAAUAAUAAACUUACCUUAGCCAAAGGACCAAGAAAUAUACCAAUCACAUCUACUUCAACUGGUAAUUCAAGUUUUGUUAACAAUCAUACGACGAGGGUUAUUCCUUCAGCGCCUCCAGCACCAUUAAAUGAACCAACAAAUACAAACAGACAACAAUCUAAGAGAAACAGUGAAAGAAAUGAAUUUAGCUGCCCGACAUGCGGCAACAGAUUUGGAUUAACUAUAUUCCAAUGCGGUAGUGGACAUAGUUCGUGUAGAGAUUGUAAAAUAAAUGGUAGCAUGUGCGGUACAUUAAACUGCGGUAAAACAAUAACCGACAUGAGAAAUAGAACACUUGAAGCUUUAAUUGCUGAUAUCAAUUUAGCGGCUGUGACAUCUCCGUCAACGGGAGCUAACAAAUCAGAGAAAACCAAACCUGACCGCCAGUGUAAAAUUAAUUGCCCAAACCAACAAGACGGAUGCAGAUUACGAAUUCGUUCGACCGAGUUGGAAAAUCAUUUAAAAGAAUGCCCUUUUAAUGAGAUGGCUUGUCCAUUAACCGCGCUUUUUGGACGAUGCUUCUGGAGAGGAAAAAUAAAUCAAUUGGGCAGUCACUUUGCCGACUUCCAUCCUGAACAUCAACAAGCAGGUGUAGACAAAGAAAUGAUCGUCCAGAAUACGAAAAAUGAUAACAGAAUUGUUCAUUUAGUUCUGAUUGGAACAUUUUACUUCUUAUUUCAUAUAAAAAUAGAUACUUCCACACAAAUGUUAUACAUGUCUACUCAACUUUUGGGUACCGAGUCUAGUGCUGCCAAGUGGAACUACGAAAUCCACAUUUACAACAAAAAACAACCAAGAAGAAAAUAUGAGUAUUUAGACGUGUGCCUAUCAAAUGGUACUUCAAUUGACGAGAUAUUUGGGACGAAUAAAUGUGCUGUUAUUCCUCUAGCAUACAUUACAACCUUUGAAAACAAUGGUGCUCUCAAUUAUAAAUUUUAUAUAAAAAAGCGAAAUGAUGAGUAA